AUAGGCUUCGCGCGCUUUUCGCGCCAGCUCUGGCCUUAGCCAGCAAGCCACGGAAUCGCGGAAGAGGAUGGACAGCGAGAAGGAAGACAUCGGGAAGAACCGCAUCCACCUGCGCCCGGUCACUCUGCUCAACGUCACCCCUGUCACGCUGCACCUUCUGCCCUGUGAGGUCCGGGUUAACCGGCCCGCUCCGGUGGCGCGCUUCUUCACCCCGGCCAUCCGUCAGGGUCCCGAUGGACUCGAAGUGUCGUUUCGGGGCCGCAGCCUACGGGGCGAGGAGGUGGAGGUUCCACCCGGCCUCGUGGGAUACGUGAUGGUGACGGAAGAGAAGGGAGAGGUGUCGAUAGGGAAGCAGGACUUCUCAGAGGGUUCACACAGUGACGAGCCGGAGCAGGAACUGGUGGAACCCCCGGAGGCGCUGGAGCGGGACUUCGACCGCUUUAUCAGCGCCUCCGCCAGCUUCAGCCGCUUCACCCUGUGGGGCCUGGAGACCAUCCCUGGCCCGGAUGCCAAAGUACGAGCGGCCCUAACCUGGCCCAGUCUCGCCGCAGCGAUUCAUGCACAGGUGCCGGAGGACUGAGAACCAGAGCUUGAAAUCGAAAGCCACUGAUCUCUUCACCCCAAUAAACCAGCUCUUCACUUUG